GCGAAUAGCGCGGCCCAGCAUCCAUUGUCGAACACGCGAAUUCCAUAAACACCCUGUGAAAAUGAUCACGUGUAACGUUUUUGGCCUUAAUCAACCGAUAAAUUUGACCUUCAGUGUUGAUUUCGUUUAACGCCGCACGAACUAACCUACAAAUUUUCGCACUUUUAGAUCUACGCGAAACUCCUCUCGUGUUUUUAUAACAGAUCCAUUUUUGGACGCAUUAUCGAUUUCUCGGUUAUAUUUUAGUAUCGCUGGCAACUCGGACAUAAUUAUUUAAGUUCGGAACAAGAAGGCUGUCACCGUUAAAUCGAAGCUGAAGUCCUUUUUUUCGCAGCAGAGAAUAGGAAUCGAAUUUAGCAAAUAUCAGUAUCAACCAUGGCUGGAGAACAACAGCAAUUUUUUCUCAAAUGGAACGAUUUCCAAUCGAAUAUGGUGUCUUCGUUUAAACACCUACGAGACGAGAAGAGCUUCACGGAUGUGACGUUAGCUUGCGAUGGGCAAACUUGUAAAGCUCACAAAAUGGUUUUGUCGGCGUGCAGUCCAUACUUCAAAUCCUUGUUAGAGGAAAAUCCGUCCAAACACCCAAUUAUUAUACUAAAGGAUGUAGCUUACAGUCAUCUACAAGCGAUUCUAGAAUUUAUGUAUGCUGGAGAAGUAAACGUUUCACAGGAUCAACUUCCAGCCUUUUUGAAAACUGCUGAUCGACUUAAAGUCAAAGGACUUGCCGAGGCUCCCGGCGCAAUUAAGAGGGAAGGUUAAAGUCUAUACGUGUCUAGUUAUGAUAUUUUGGAACGUGUGCAGACUGAGAAAAUGAUAUAAAAGUGAUCGCGUAAACGUACACACAUAACAAGUACACGAAUAGCCACCACACAAUUACGCCCAUGUGCACGACACAUUUAAACCUCUGGUUCAUGACUUGGAUCAACACAAAUCGUUGAUGUAAAAAUACAAAAAAAAAAUUAUUCUCAACUUCGAUACGUUAAUGUUGUAUCGGGUAAAUACACCUAAUUAAAGUAGACUGUUGAUGUUUGUCUUGAACCCAGUAAUCUUACACUCUACACUGAUUAUUUUUUUAAACAGACAAACCGCAGAUUUUUAAAAUAACACAGACAAGAAGUGGGUCAUAGUUAAAUACAUACAUGCAGGCUGUUCAGGGUCAUUUUGCGAAUCGAUUGGUUUUCUUCCUCUUUUUUUUUGUCUCUUUUAUUCUGAAAUUUUCUGAUCAAGCCUAGCCCAGCUGACUUUGAAAGACUGAUUUUUCAAAUAAUAUUGCAAGCCUUAUGACAAAUUAUGUCUCAAACCAAGUUUGAAUCACCGAAUCUGUGAUUUUCAUGUCUCGUUUAUGCGUCGAUUCUAAUCUGAUGAAAUUUUUCUAUCAAAAUUUCCGAAAAAAUCCUUCCAGUUUGUAGAUUUCGGACUCUUUUUGAUUUGCAAAAUCCCUAGCCAUCCUUUUGUAGAAUUUCAAGUUUACUGGACGUAACAAGAAGCCGCUCUCAAUUUCCAUUAUAUUUGAACUGACGAACUUUAAAUAAUUCGAGAGUGUGAAAGAAAUUUCGAAUUUUUAUGAACUAUUUCCAGUAAUCUUGACUUUCCCUAACCAAAUACUGCCAGUUUUUAUACCGGCGUAUUGACAUUAUUACCGAUAGACCAAAUUUAUUUAUGAUAAUAAUAUAUUGAGGGUUGGUUGUCCUGAACCAAGGGAAAGAUUAUUGUAACAUAAAAGCGAGCGAACUUUUGUAAAGCUGGAGCGCACAGUUCCUUUUUUUUCUCUCUAUCUCUCUUUUGCGUAUUGAAUUUACGAGUGAUUCCUUGCGGAAAUGGAAAAUCAGGAAAGCAUGAACUGAAAUUUUUAAACUAGAAACAAUACAAUUUUCGAUUAUUCCCAUCCUUAUUAUUUUCAUAUGCCUAUUGUUUAGUCUACACACACAUCAAUUAGGAAAUUUAAUUUUCAUUUAGCGAUUAAUUUUUCAUUGCUAGAUUGAUUCAGACUUUUUUUUUGCGAAUUAUCAUUUUGCAAGCACAAUUAUUGUAAUUAUACUGUUUAUGCAAUAAAUUUUUUGACUAUUUUUUAUUAAAAAUGGAUUUGAGAAAAAAUAUAUAUGUAUAUGGAACUCGUAGAUCUGAUGCACAGGGUGAAUGAAAAGUGGGUUAGAAAAAAAUAAAAAUAAAAUGUUACUGUUUUGAUGCUCCGUGUGCGAUUCAAGUCUCCAUAAUGAUGUUUGUUACGUACGAAAUAUAAUUGUACAAAAUAAUCGCAUACAAGUAUUGCGUAAAAUUCGAUUUUGAUUGUCACGUUUAUCAAAUUUCUUCUUGUAUUUUGUGAGCAAAAUGUGUGUUUCAAAUCUUGCAAUUAUUGUCUACAAGUAUAAAGUAAGAGUCAAAAAAAAAAAAAAUGCUAACGAAAAUUGUGAGCACGGAGAAAAGUAAAUUGUUGUAUGCAAUAAUUAUUAUUAAGAGUAAUUGUUAUUAGCAAUAUUUACGGCAGUUUCUGUACUCGACACUUCAUUUUUCUCCGAUGGACGAUUCCAGGUGUCGCAAAGUGUGAAUCUGUUACGAGUACGUUCUUUUAGAAUAGGAAACAAAAGAAAAUGGCAAAUGAUCCCUCAGACCAAAACAAGUUUGUAACAUGUUAUAAAGCCUUCUCCACAUAUUCUGUUUUCUGUAUAUUGUGAAACUUGGGAAUGCCUUUUUUUAAUACUUUAGGAUCCAGUAAAGGAUUGUUUUCGCAUUAAACGCAGAUAAAUGGAUUUAAGUGAAAAAUGUCGUAAUUUAUCCUCCAUUUAUUGUAAGUACAGGAAUCUUCUUUUCCCUAUUAGACUUACUUUUACUAUUGACAUGACUCAUUGAGGAUUAUGAUAUGAAGAUGUUGAGAUAUAAAAUAAAUUGUGUAAAUAUA